AUGGGGUCAUCUUAUAUUAUUCCACCUGCCAGCAACAACGAAUGUAGGUUACCACUGAUUCAUUCUUUGGAUUUGCACGGUUACCACAGCACAGUACCACAGUUGUACCGGCCAUCAGAAGUUCACGGCCUCACAAACCCUAAAUCAUUAUCUGAGCCAUUGACAUACUAUACACCAAGCCAAAACCAGAUUCCGCCUGUUGGAUAUUUGUCACCAGGGUUUGUUACGCAGUCGUAUGGAUGUCGCACCAACUACACUCCUGCCAAUGUGGCCGGCUACAACCCAUUGCAUAAUGCUAGCAAUCCGUCUAGUCAAUUCUCGCAUAUAACACCAGCAUCUUCGCCAUCUCGUUCCAAUUCAUUCUCAAAAGACGGGUUAUCGACACUAUACAACGUUGCUACAGCUUCUGACGAAGCAUGUGCUCGCGAAAGAAAGUCAAGCGAGUCGCUGGACUCACAUAGUGACACCAAAAGCACCACUCCGGAAGUUGAGAUUCCACACCGCGAUUCCACAGUAUCCACCAAAAGUUGCAAACCUAGAAAGAAGAGACAAUGUCCCGAAUGCAGCAUGUUCUUCUCGAACUUGGCUACACACAAAUCUACGCAUCUUAAACCAACGUCGAGACCUCACGUUUGCAAAUACUGUAAUCGAGGGUUCGCCAGACCCAAUGAUUUAUUCCGUCAUACAAGGUGCCACUGGAAGGAAGUGGGCUCCAACAAGGGACAGUUCAAAUGUCCUUACAAAAACCACUCUACAGGAGACAAUUGCUGCCAUUCAUCUGGCAUUUUCAGCCGUUGUGACACUUUCAAAAAUCAUCUUAAAGCAAUUCACUUUCAGUAUCCAAGUGGCACUAAAAAGGACCAGAGAAAUAAGGUUAGUGGUAACUGUAGAAUGUGCCACAAAUUUUUUACGACCGUUGAUGAUUGGUUGGUAAAUCAUGUUGAAAAGAAUGAAUGCCCAUUUGGUAAUUAG